AUGCCAAUUCAGCAGCAGGUGGAAGCUCCUUCGCACGGGACAUCUGCAGUACCGCCAGCUCCUGCGCCUGUACCCGCCUUUGAUGAUCUCCAAGUCAAGCUAGAAGGGCCAGAGGAUCCUCGCAAUUGGUCUUCAUUCAAGAAAUGGUCGACGGCAACCAUCAUCUCCCUCAUGGGCUUCAUCGGCCCUUUGGGAGCGUCCAUCAUCAUUGCUAGCGCAAACGGCAUCACCGCCGAGUUCAGGAUCGGCAGAUCGCAUCCCCUCUCCGUCCUUCCCGUCAGUCUCUUCGUCCUAGGCCUGGGAGCAGGACCCUUCUGUCUUGCUCCAGCGAGCGAGCUCAAGGGAAGACAGCCUGUCUAUCUCCUCUCCUCCAUUGUCUUUGUUCUCUUCAACAUUGGGUGCUCUGUAUCACCCAACUUCGCAGCCCUCUGCAUACUGAGGUUCUUCGCCGGUGUAUUUGGCUCUUCCGGACCUAGUCUUGGUGCAGGUACAAUUGGCGACAUGUUUGCACCAAAUGAGCGUGGUUCUGCCCAGGCCAUCUACGGGCUCGGUCCUCUGCUAGGGCCGGUCGUCGGAAACAUCGUCGGGGGCUGGGUAGACCAGAGCGGCGAGAAGAAUUGGAGAUGGCUGUUGUGGAUCCUCACCAUUCUGUCUGGCCUUGUUGCUAUCUCCGUCUUCUUCCUGCCAGAGACAUUUGCUCCUGUGCUUCUGCAGCAGAAGCGGAAACGAGUCGCUGCCGAGAGGUUAGAGCGGAUACAAGAGCUCCAGCAUGAACAAGCCUCGACCUUCCACUCCACCGAGGCAGCUCAGCAACUGGCAGCUCUUGCCAAGAAGCCCACCGCCAAGGAGCGAGCCAUGGCUCUAGUACCAGGUCGUCAGGCCAAGGACAAGAUGAAGAUCGCCUUUUCUCGACCCUUCCGACUCCUCUUUACCAACCCCAUCUGCGCAACCUUUUCGUGCUACAUGGGCUUUUGCUACGGUGUCAUCUUUCUCUUCCUCGUCGAGCAUCCUCUCCUCUAUCAGAAGCGACCUCCUGAAGAGCAUGGCGAAUUCGACCGAGACCGCGUUCUACACAAUUACCAAUGGGCACCUGGACCGACGGGACUCACUUACCUUGGUCUCGGACUGGGUUUCCUCAUUGCUGCUUCGUGCAACGCACUCUGUCAGGACCGCAUCUAUCGGCGUCUUGUCGCCAGUAGAGGCAAGGUAGGGUGGUACCUGUUCAAGCAGCCCGAGGAGAUCGACCUGAUCAUGCAACGCAGGGACAAGGUGGCCGCCGAUGACGAGGACCUCGAGGGGACCGCUCAAGAAUCAAUAGAUGUGCCGUCCGUCGUCGGUCCUGUCCCCCCGCCAUCGGCACGAACCAAGGCCGAGCAGGCGGGCGAUAAGUCUGCGGCUAGUCCACCAUUGGGCCCGUCGCAAGAGCCCAAGGCAGCUGGCCCUCCCCCUCCUCCCCGCAAAGGAGAGCCAGAGUUCCGUCUUCCCCUCUGUCUAGCCGGCAUGUUCGUCCUCCCCGUGGGUCUGUUUAUCUUCGGGUGGACUGCCGCCUCAGGUGUGCACUGGAUUUUGCCCCUUGUCGGCUCCGUCUUCGUCGGGGCAGGGACGAUCCUCUGCUUCCAGUCUAUCCUCGUCUACCUCGUAGACGCCUUUAUCCCUUACUCUGCCUCCGCCACUGCUUGUGCAGUCCUAGUCAGAUCGGUGCUAGCGGCGGCUUUCCCGCUGUUUGCGGACAAGAUGUAUCAUACCCUCGGCUACGGGUGGGGAUCUUCACUGCUGGCGUUUGUCGCACUGGCCGGCGUGCCUGUGCCCCUCGUUUUGUUCAGGUACGGCGCCUUCCUGCGGCAAAAGUACAAGUUCGUCGCCUAG